AUGCGUCGUCGACUGAGCGGCUCCCGGCCACAUGUGCUGUUCCAAUCACUGCGCUCGACCUGCACUGUGCAGUCCCUGACGAAGGCCCAGGCAGCGCUCGCAAGAGGGAAGGCUCCGUCGGUGGAUGCCGCUGCCGAAUACGCAGAGUUCUUUCGCGUCCCCAUCUCACUAGACUCCGGCGUCGUGCGUAGUACACAGGAGUACUACAGAAACAUUCAGAAGUUGGCCGACGCGAAGCAAAGCACCGAUGCGCAGCAUAACUCUCCGAAGAAUGGCUGCGACCAAAGCAGCGUGGCGACUUUCCUGGCGGGGUACCACUUUUCAACAGCGACCUUUCACAUCUUCUCCAUCGCCGCGGACAAAAUUGUGUGUAGCGUGGACACGAGCGCGGGGGCUGCGGAGAUGUGGAGUUUAGCGGAUGAGCUCAUGGCCCAUAUGAACGGCAAAUCGCCGCAGCUUGCUCUUAUACCCGUUGUGGAGACGGAGCAGGAGCGGAAGAGUCUGCAGGUGCCUCUCCAAAAGCUCACGGCCUUGUUGAGGUCCAGCGGGCUGCAGGUGGUUGCUCACGUUGACACCCUCGAACUGAGCUCCGCGCUGUGCCGCGAUCCUCCGUCGCCGGGUGAUAUCACACGCAAUGCUGUGUCUGGUGUGUCUCCGACUCCCGUGACUCUCAAAUGGUUUCAGGCGCAUUGGGCGUUCAUCCGCACUGCGGCUUGCCAGGCAAAGCCGGCGGACCCGCUGCAGACACUGAGCACGUACGUGCUGCCCCGCUUUGCCGUCUACCUUAUUCACCUCGUGCGUGCCGGCACUCGCGGGCUUAACGUGUCACUCUGGGAUCCGGUGCGUCGCCGCCGCUUUUCCGCCAAGGGCAUGCUCUCUGACGUACUCGCCUGCCUGCUUGAUACGCGCUCCAGCCAGAUGAUUUUGGUGCCCACGCACCGCACCGACCGCGCUGCGCUCUUCCGCUGCCGCACCGCCGUCAUGAAGGCUGGCCAUGAUUGCGUCGUCGUGUACGCGUCGGAGGUGAGCGACCGCCUGCGUGGCUGCUACCAGUCCGACCCAAUGCGAUACUGGGGCGUGAUGAAGGAGACUGCAGGUUUCCUGGACGCAGAUCUGUUAUUCAACAUCUACAUAUCCGCCGGCAACACACUCCGCAGUUAUCAGCGCAAGAAGCUCACCGAGAACCAGUCAUGCCACCACUUGAGUCUGUUGACCAGCUCCUCGGAUGAGGGGGUGGAGUCCCCGCAGAUUGUGCUCGACUGGGUCCGCUACUUCACGCAUCCCAAGCGCGUUGCAGCCGAGAAGGCGGAGCUGCGCCACUAUGACAAGUUCAUUGCCAUCGCCUACGUCGCCACCGAUCACACUGUGCACGGCCAGCCGAUGAACCCCGUGGCGGAGAUUAAUCAUGUGUUGAGUGCGUGCAUCACCGACCACGCGAAUCAGACAGUGGAGCCGUGGGCUAUCUACACCAAGCGCGGACAGUUCUGCUUACCCUGUCUUGACGGAUACGACGUGCUCGUCACGCACGAUGCCAAGUCGUUAUUGCUGCUGCUGUCGGGUGACGCCGAACUUCACAAGUUCAUCCAACGCGGCGGCCGUGUUUGGUGUGUGACGCUAGCCGAGUAUCUUCUAGAGGCGCAGCGAUGCACCAGCAGCAGUAACAGCCUUCACGAUUUGGCCCUUCGUCACGGUGUGCAGCUGCCGCCGUUGUCGCGUGUGGGUACGCCAAACGACCGUCUCCCGUUUGCCUAUCAGCGGCAGUUUCUUCGUCACGCAACGCCUGCGGUGGUGAAGGUUUUUGCGGGGCAGCUCAAGCGUGCACUUGAGCAGUGCCAGGUGCUGAGCCUGGCGCAUCGUAUGGACUCCUUGCUGGCGAUGACGAGCAUCGAGAAUGCUGGUAUCCACAUCGACGCGGAGGAGGCAGCGCGGCAGACGGCUUCCUUGAAGAGCGCUGCAUCUGUGCUAGACGCGGCGAUGGAGGCCUACGUGCCGCGCGAGGUACCACUCGACAUGAGGAUGUACUUUGACUGGGCGUCUCUGCAACAGCAGCACGCCUACUUCUUUGGCGGUACCAUUACGCUGGGUCACCGGACCCAAGUCCGCGAUACGCCUCUAUGGACGUCGAAUCUGGUUCAUCUCUGCCACCGCUUUGGCACUUUCACCCAUAUGGUUGGGGAGCUACACCUGCAGCGUUACGCGGCCCAAUGUGCGCUGCCCACGACAGGGCCGUUGCCGGCCCGUAUCCAUCAGUACAUCGAGGCUCAGGGAUCGCAGAAGCUGAAGACGUACCGCAUCGUCUUCUUCGACAUCGAGACAACAGGGCUCAACCCAAGUACGGACGCCAUUGUGGAGGUGGCCAUGUUCGACCCCAUCGAGAACAGCACGUUUCACACACUCGUAAACCCGCAGCGCCCCAUCUCGCCACGGACUGUUGGCAUUCACCACAUCACGAACGAGAUGGUGCGCGAUGCGCCGACUGUGGACGUGGUCGCAAAGAGUAUCGGCCAGUACCUGCGCCUCGACAUGGCGUCGUACAACCCGCAUGAGAUUUUGGUGCUGGUGGGUCACAACGUCUUCUCCUUGGACCAGCCGAUGCUGCGCCGUGCGCUGGAGUGUUACGCGCCGGAGUGCCAGCUGGACGGCGUUCUGUUCUGUGACUCGCUGGCGUUGCUUAAUUCCCACCGAAGCGUGCUGCGAUGGCGCUUGCGCGGAAACCGUGCGAAUCAACCCCUCAUGGAGGCCCUCGCAUCCUCUCUGCGCCUCAGUCGACUGAUCACAGCGCUCAACGUGCGGCCGGAGGGAGACCUGCAUCGCGCUGACACAGACACAAAGGCGCUCUGGUACGUGCUAGUCAACAUUCUCGGCGUUGCCGGCAAAGAACCCACGGUGCAGCGUGACAAAAUUUUGCUGGAGGCCGCCAACUGCUUCCUGCGCGCUCCGUCGAUCGGGUGCUUUGUGCCAGCAGAGCGUCAAAGUCGCCUUGUAAAGGUGCGUCUUCCCGGCGUAGCCGCCGACUACAUCAGUAACGCGAAGCUGAUUGCAAGUCUGCAAGGUAAAGUCUUCUCCGACGCUGUGCUGACGUCCUUGCACGCACACGGCGUGAAGCCGGCCGGCCUGCUCCUGCAGCGGCAGCUGCUCAACCGUCACACCUCCACCUUCCUGCAGCCGAGCGCAAACGGACGGCUGGCCAUUCUGCAUCGAGACGGCAGGGUGCACCAGCACAUCGACAUGACCGCCACGACAACGUCGCGCACUGUCAGUGCCUACCCAAGUUGCCAGAAUAUUCCCAAGGACGAUAAGUCGUCUGUGCGGCGUCUCUUCGUGUCCCGCUUCGGCUCCCAAGGGCGCUGCGUCGAGGUGGACUACUCACAGCUGGAGAUCGUGGUGCUGGCGAUUCUGUGCAACGACGCGAACCUGACACAUGACCUCAAUCACGGCGUCGACUUCCACGUGAAGCGGGCGGCGUUCUUUAGCGGGCUACCGUACGACGAGAUCUAUCAGGGCUAUAAGCGAAAUGUUCCCAAGUAUGUCAAGCUGCGCAGGACGGCGAAGCAGUUUUCCUUUCAGCGUCUGUACGGCGCUGGGGUGCCACUGCUGCACAAGACAACUGGCAUUCCAGUAAAGGACCUUGAGGCGUCGAUUCAGAGAGAGAACGAGGCCUACCCCGGCAUCGCGCAGUUUCAUCGCACUAUCCGGUCUGUCGCGCUUCGCCCGAACAACCCAGGGCUGCCCACCAGCUUCAUUGCCGAGAUGCCGACAGGGUUGCGGAUGAGCCUGCGCACGCGGGAUGUGGUGCUGAACCUGCCUCCUAUCAAGAACUACCCAAUUCAGGGCUACGGCGCGGAGCUGGCGCAGAUGAUGCUCGGCCGGCUCUUCCGACACUUUAUGCGGAGAGACUUCUACAAGAACCGCGCGUUUCUCAUCAACUUUGUGCACGACUCGGUGUGGAUGGAUUGCCAUGUCGAUGUACUGCGUGAGUGUGUGACAGACACGUGCCGCAUUCUCGGCUCGGCUCACGAGUACGUCCCGAAGGUGUUCCCUGGGGUGAAAAUCAGCGUGCCGCUGCAAGUCUCUGCGUCGUGCGGGGUAGACAUGUGCUCUAUGGAGAACAUCAGGGGUGACGACUACACGUUUGUGUUGAAGCAGCGCAAGACGAGGUCAGCGGAGGUGCAGGACUUUUUGGACCUGACGACGGCCAAGUCGAACUUCUCGGCGGUGAUGGAGGAGAGCGUCGCGUCCGAGGAAGAGGCGACCGUGUGA